UCCUUCCGCCGGGGCGUCCCUGCACCCAUGCCGGGCUCUGCCGACUCCCUUGGGCCCUGGGCGGGUCUCCGGCUCGGGUUCCUGCCCCGCGCACCAGGCCGACCCCGCCACACCCGGCGCCAUGGCGCUCCCCGGAGCCCGGGCCCGCGGCUGGGCGGCAGCGGCCAAGGCGGCCCAGAGGCGCCAUCGGGCGGAGGGCGCUGGAGGACAGCCGAGCGCUGCGCCCCGGAGCCAGCGCGCUGCGCUUUACGUCCACUGGCCGUACUGUGAGAAGCGCUGCAGCUACUGCAACUUCAACAAAUACAUUCCCCGCGGCGUGGAGGAGGCCACAGUGCGCAGCUGUCUGGUGACCGAGGCGCGGACGCUGCUGAGGCUCAGCGGAGUGCGGUGGGUGGAGUCUGUGUUCUUUGGUGGGGGCACCCCUAGCCUGGCCAGUCCCCACACUGUGGCUGCUGUCCUGGAAGCAGUGGCCCAGGCAACCCACCUGCCGGCAGACACGGAGGUCACAUUGGAGGCCAACCCCACCUCGGUCCCAGGCUCCAGGCUGGCAGCAUUUGGGAAAGCAGGGGUCAACAGGCUGUCCAUUGGCCUCCAGUCCCUGGAUGAUGCCGAGCUCCAGCUGCUGGGGCGGAUGCACUCGGCCCGCGAUGCCCUGCAGACGCUGGCAGAGGCCCGCCGCCUCUUCCCCGGGCGCGUGUCUGUGGACCUGAUGCUGGGGCUGCCUGGGCAGCAGGUAGGGCUGUGGCUUGGGCAGCUGCAGGAGCUGCUGCGCCACUGUGACGACCACAUCUCCCUCUACCAGCUGUCCCUGGAGCGGGGCACCGCGCUCUUCACCCAGGUCCAGCGGGGCGCCCUGCUUGCCCCUGACCCUGAGCUUGCUGCUGAGAUGUACCAGGAGGGACGGACAGUGCUUCGGGAGGCGGGCUUCCGCCAGUAUGAGGUGUCCAACUUCACCCGGAAUGGGGCGCUCAGUACCCACAAUUGGACUUACUGGCAGUGCGGUCAGUACCUUGGCGUUGGUCCUGGGGCCCAUGGGCGAUUUACACCCCACGGGGCUGGGAGCCACACCCGGGAGGCUCGGAUCCAGACCCUGGAGCCUGACAACUGGAUGAAGGAGGUGAAGCUGUUUGGUCAUGGCACCCGGAAGCGGGUCCCCCUGGGCGAACUGGAACAGCUGGAGGAAGUUUUGGCCAUGGGGUUACGUACAGAUGUGGGGGUCACUCAUCAGCACUGGCAGCAGUUUGAGUCCCAGCUGACCCUGUGGGACGUGUUUGGGGCAAACAAGGAGGUGAAGGAGCUGCUGGAGCAGGGCUUAUUGCUGCUGGAUCACAGGGGUCUUCGGUGCUCCUGGGAGGGUCUGGCUGUGCUGGACUCUGUGUUGCUGACCCUCCUGCCUCGACUCCAAGAGGCCUGGCAGCAGAGAAACCCCUCCCCUGUGCCAGGAGGGUGACCAGAUGUUCCUGUCCUCCAGGGCAGUGACAGAUAUACUUUGAGGGCUGGGCUGCCACUGCAGACAUCACUCCACUGCUGGCUCGUACCAUCUCUGCUCUGUGGUUGUCGCCCAGCCUUGACAUCUCCAGGGGAGUGGCUGCAGAGGGUGCAUGGGAGGACAUUUCUGGUCCAGGAACCAGCAUCCCACCCAGCAUCUCAGGACUUACAAACCACCAUGGGCUCCAUGGCUAGAAACUGCUCUUCUGCAUCAGCCUCUGUUUGCCUUUUUCAUACCAAAUACUGAAAGGUGUUUGGAAAUCUUUCUGUGGGUAAUCACCUCCCCAAGAGAUGGCUUUCUCACUCUGGAGUGAGGUUUUGAGGCAGCUCUUUGAGCCAGAAAACCAAAUCCCCUCUGGAUAUUUUAAGCAGGAAUGGAUGUUUUACAGGAAUGGGGUAUUUAUAAAACCAUUGGAAAGGCUGGGGAAGUGAAAGUCAAAGAAAGCCAUCACCAACUGUCAGGAAAUCAGAAAGUUGCAGGAGUCACAGGAACUGCUGCUGCUGGCCUCAGCUGCCAGCAGCAUAAAGCAGAUAAUUUAUAGGAAAAUGCCUGGAAGAUGCUGCACAAUCUCGUGUUUGUUGUCUGCCAAAGGCCCACGAGUCUGUCUGCCACUGCCAGGGGAGGAGUAACUGUUUCUGCAAGUGCCUCUCAUUGGUGGGCUCUAAAGCAUAUCCUAGCUGGCAGGAGAUUCUGGGAACAUAAUCCCCAGGUUUCCAGGCCCUGCAAUCCAGGAGAGAGCCUAGAAGGGGGUGCUGGGGGCCCACAUAUAUACCCAGCACAGUGGUCUGCUGGAUUCUGAGACCAGUAGGAAAGAUCAGAGCCAGCCUUGCCCCUUCGGGUGGCCAGGAUAUGUUUUGGGGCAGGGGCCAUACAGACCCUCGAGUCCUUCCUCUCCCCUCCCCACAAGACCCCCAGUCCACCGGGAGUGAAGGCUGGUGGAGCCAACAGGGAAAGGGGAGAGAAGGAAGAAUUCAGGAUCCCGAGCGUUUGUAAUCCUCCGCUGUCAUUUUCCCUCCAAAAAUGGUUGCCCAGUUUUAUUUAAAUAGCCUGAUAAGCCCGUCUAGAGCUGGCCUUGACUGUGGUCCUGUCCUUGGAUGGGAUCCUUCCUGGAAUGUGAAGUUCUGAUUUGGGGCCUAGAGGCUUAGUCUAGGGCUGGGGUUCUUUCUCCCUACUCCCCACAUUUUAUUUUCAGAUUUCAAACCUACAUAAAGGUUGAAAGGCUAGGUCAACUUCUACAGUGUGUCUGUAAUGGCUGGAAACAGGCAAAUAUUUGUGAUGUCAUCAAGGACUUCUUCAAUCUGUAAAAAAAUAAAAUAUCCAUAUUUAUAGA